AUGGAAUGGAACCUUCGAAGAAUGGAGAGUGAACUAAGGCACAUCAACCCGGACUUGCUCCAACCCAGCAAGAGCUUCAAAAAGCCCUCAGCUGGCACCAUCACUCUCAAUGUAGGUGGUUUUCUGUACACCGCGCAUCGGAGCACCCUCGCCAAGCACCUAGGCUCCUUCCUGGAAGAACUGGCCAAUGGGAAGAAGCCAGUGCAGCAUACCGACUCCAUGGGAAACCCCUUCAUUGACAGGGACGGUCCGGUCUUUCGGCACGUUCUUAACUAUCUCCGAACCGGAGAGCUGCAGCUGCCCGAUGACUUCAGGGAGGCGGGGCUUCUGAGGAAAGAGGCAGACUUUUACCGAUUGACUGAACUGGUCGACUUGGUGUGCGAAUGGGAGAGUCAGAGGGCUGCCAACAAAGAACCAGCGUUUUUAGAAGUGACAGACAGCCACGACCGAUCCCAAGGCCUCAAAGUGUACUGCAGUGACCAUACCUUCAUCGAUAAGGUCAAAGCUCGUCUUGUGCAGAUCUCCAAAAGUCGCUUGGAUGGGUUUCCCGAAGAGUUUGUCGUGUCGUCCAACGUGAUCCAGUUUAAACAUUUCAUCAAGUCUGAGCCAGGGUCCAGACUAGUGCUAAAGGAGGACAGUACAUUCCUGUGUACUCUUGACUGUCUGAAACUAGAGACAGUGAUGUUAGCGCUACGGUCCGGCUAUAAGCUCAUUACUAGCUUAGACAGCAGUAAAGGCUCUGUAGUGGCAGCGGAGGCCUUGCAUUUUGUCAAGUAA